AUGUGUGAUACUGAUGACAUAUUAAUUAAUCAUGAAAAAGGAACAGAUAUUCGUAAAUCAGCAGAGGAAAUGGAUGAACAACGUCAUAAGACACUUGCUUAUGAGUACCUCUGUCACUUGGAGGAAGCCAAAAAAUGGAUGGAAGCAUGUCUCAGAGAAACACUUCCUCCAACAACUGAGCUAGAAGAAAAUUUAAGAAAUGGAGUAUAUUUGGCGAAGCUUGCUCAUUUUAUGGCACCCGAAACUUUGCCUCUUCACAAAAUAUAUGAUCUUGAACAGAAACGUUAUAUAGCAGUUGGUUUACAAUUCAGACACACAGAUAAUAUUAAUUACUUUUUAAAAUCCUUAAAAUCUAUGCAGUUACCAUUAACUUUUCAGCCAGAAACAACUGAUAUUUAUGAUAAAAAAAAUAUGCCACGCGUAAUAUAUUGUAUUCAUGCUUUGAGUACUCAUUUAUUUAAAUUGGGUAAAGCUCCACAAAUUCAAGACUUGUAUGGAAAAGUAAAUUUUACUGAGGAAGAAAUAAAUGCUGUCAGUAAAGAAUUAAAAAAAUAUGGAAUUCAAAUGCCUUCUUUCCAAAAGAUUGGUGGUUUAUUAGCAGAUAGCAUGGAGAUAGAUGCAGUAACAUUGCAUGCUGCAGUGAUAGCAAUUAAUCAAGCUAUUGUAGAGAAGAAUAAUGAUAAGAUAUUGACUACUCUCCAAAAUAAAGUAGUACAAUUAAAUAGUAUUAUGCCUUGUUAUAUUGAAGAAUAUAAGGAUGCUUUGUUGGAAGCAAAGGAAUCUAAAACACAAGCUGCACUUAAUAGAUCUCUUAAUGAUAGUUAUGUACCAGAUAUAUAUGAUGAAUUAUUAACUCAGGCAGAAAUUCAGGGUCAUAUUAAUUAUGUUAAUGUUCAUUGUACUGUGAAAAAUAUAAUUCAGUCUGUUCAUUGUAAAAAUAAUAAUUUUAUGGAUACAUUAAAAUCACCUAUAUUGGAUUUAAAAAACAUUAUCCAUGAAAAUGCACAAUUAUAUAAAGAACAAUUAAUGCAAUUAUUAGAAAGUUCUGAAUGGGAUAAUAUAUAUUCAGAAAUAUAUCAUCAUCAUUGGAAACAAUUACUUCAAAAUGAAAUUGAUAAAACAAAUGAAACUGCAUUUAAGUCUCAGAAACGUGAUGAUAGUGUAAGACUUCUAAACCUAACAUUACAAAAUGCUGCACGAAAUGAUUUCUAUAAAGUCUUAAAAAGUCCUGAUCUUGGAUUAACAGAAAAAAUUGAUGAUUUUGCAAUACCACUAUAUUAUGAAGAAAUGAAAGUUGAUCGUAUUGAAUCCCAGAACGACCUUUCAUAUAAUGAUAUUAUAGUUAGUACUCGUGUUUUAUCAAGGAUCGCAGAAAUCAGUAAAUCUGUAGACACAGGAGAUCCAGAUUUAGUUUAUCAAGCAUUAGCAAAUCCAGAUUGUCAUGUAUCUGGAUUAGAUCAGGGGAAUAAAGUAAAAUAUUAUAGAGCAUUAGCAGCAGUUCGAUGUGAAAAGCAAACAAUUGACGAAGAAUGUCCUUUAUUAACAUAUAUUGAUAUACAAGAAUGUAUUGAUGUUGUAAAUCAACAAUGUCAAAAUGAUGACGAGGUAAUACAAGUGCUACGUCAACUAAACUCAGCUGUCGUAGAAAACGAUCGAAGCGGUGUCAUAAGUGCCCUAAAAGAUACUGCUUUGAAAUUACAAAAACCUACUUCACCAGAAGAUGCAUCUCUUUAUUUGAAAUUAUUUAAAAAAUGUCUGGAGGAAAAACAUUUUGAUGGUUCUGAAUUAUGGUUGGAAGAUGUAGAAAAUAUAACAAAAAUUGUUGCUGUGGAGGCUGAAACUGUUCAACACGCCUGCACAUUUUUAUCACAAGUUAAUUUAGGAUUACAGCGAAAUGAUAUGUUGUUCACAAUUGAUUGUCUUCAAAUGUUUGGUUUUAAAAUACCAGACAAAUAUAAGGCAGACUGUUUUGAAACUUUGUGCAAUUUAAAAAAUAUGAAGAAUGAAAAGUACAAUUGUGCAUUUGUUCGUUAUGUUACUCCUAAAGAUAAUGAAUCAUAUUUAGAUUUACAAAAGUAUAAUUACACUUGGGAUUGUCCUAAAAAUAUAUCUGAAACAUUUUAUAUCAGCAUGGAAGAUAUAAAAGAGGUAAUAAAAAGUACAACAAUAAGAGAGCACGAAGAGCAUGAAAUAAGCAAACAAAUAAUUCAAUUGCAAGCUUAUAUCCGUGGAUAUCUAUUAAGAAAAAAAAUUUCCGAUAGAUUUACAUUUUUUUACGAUAACGUGGAUAAAGUUAUUCAAAUACAAGCAUGGUGGAGAAAUAUAAUACAACGUAAACGAUAUGCAAAAUUACUUGAAGAAAAAAGAAACUGUAAUGAAGAUAAAUCAAAGAAUAAAUUUUUAAAAAUAAAAGCUAAAUAUGUAAAUAUAUUAGAUUAUUAUGGGGAACAAGAAGAAAAAAUUAUAAAAAUACAAGCUUUGUGGCGUGGUCGGGCUGAAAGACGCGCUUUUCAUUCCUUGUUAUAUAUGGAAAAACCACCAUUUCCCGUUGUUCGACAUUUUUCAGCGAUUCUAAAUUUUAACGCAGAAGAUUAUGACAAAGACUUGCAGUUACAACAUUUAAAACAUGAAGUUGUGCAAAGUAUACGGCAUAAUCAAACGUUAUCACAACAAUUAGAUAGUAUGGAUAUCAAAAUUGGUUUGCUUAUACAAAAUAGAAUUACGUUACAGGAUGUUGUAGCUCAUGGAAAAAGUUUAGAAACUCUUGCAAAACAGAAACAAUCUAAUAGAGACCAAAGGAAUUCUUUAUUGGAUGGUGUUAUCCCACACAAAGGUUUAAAAUCAUUAACUAAAGAAGGUCGAAAAAUGUUAGAAGGUUAUCAACAUCUUUUUUAUGCAUUGCAAACUAAUCCAACAUACUUAUCAAAACUUUUAUUUCUCCUACCUCAAAGUAAAACAAAUAAGUUUCUUCAAAAUGUAAUUUUAACAUUAUUUAAUUUCGGGUCAAAUAUUAGAGAGGAAUACUUAUUAUUGAAACUAUUUGGAAGUGCAUUACAAGAAGAAAUCAGAUGUAAGUUUCAAAAACCAUCUGAAGUCGUUACCGGAAAUCCUCUUGUUUUGAAAAUGGUGGUAAAUUAUGCGCGACAGUUAAAUGGUCAAAGAGCUUUAAGGCAAAUUGUUGGACCAAUUAUUGAAAAAAUUUUAGCUGAUCGAACGUUAAGUAUAGAAACAAAUCCCGUAGAUAUUUACAAGUGCUGGCGAAAUCAAUUAGAAAUGGAAACAGGAGAAACAUUGACUCUGCCUUAUACAGUAACACAACAACAAGCUUUAAAUUAUGAGCAAGUAAGAAUUAGAUUAAAUAAGGGAAUACAAUUAUUACAAAGUACUGUUUUAGAAUUUUUAACUAAAAUAACUGAGUCUCGAGAUUUGAUACCAUAUGGAAUGUUAUAUAUGGCUAAAAUUUUAAAUGAUUCCUUAACUGAAAAAUUUCCAAAUGCUCCAGAAAAAGAUAUUUUAAAAGUAGUGGGGAAUUUGAUUUAUUAUCAUUUUAUAAAUGCAGCUAUUGUAGCUCCAGAUGCUUUCGAUAUAAUUACGCUACCAAUCGACAGAUCUUUAUCCAAUGAUCAACGAAGAAAUUUAGCCAGUAUUGCAAAAAUAUUACAAUUUGCUGCUUCUAAAAAAGGGUUUGGUGAAGAAGCCACACAUCUAGUCUGUUUGAAUUCAUUUAUAAUUGAAUGCCAUGAAAAGUUUAAAAGCUUUUUCCGCUACUGUUGUCAAAUUGAAGAUUUAGAAAAACAUUUUUGUAUUCAUGAAUAUACGGAAGCGACACUGAUUCAAAAACCUGAGAUUUACAUUUCAUUACAAGAAAUCUGUGAUACUCAUUGCCUUAUGUUAGAAUACCAAGAUCAAAUAGCACCAGAUCCAAUGGAUCCCUUGCAUGACUUAUUGGAUGAUUUGGGUCCUGCACCAACUGUUGCAUCUUUACUUGGAAUCUCUGAUGUCAUAUGUGAGACAAAUGUAACGCGUUUUGGAAAGACGGAAGUAUGUCUUAUACUUACCAAUAAAUUUCAAGUACCAGAAGAUGAAGAUGCUAGUCUAAAUAAACUCUUCAUAAAAACAAAAGAGUUACUAGUUUCUGUACUACAAUUUUUAAAAGGUCAAACAUUAAUUGAAGCUCUGGAAAUUACGUGUUCCCCCAUACAAGAAAAACUAUAUGAUAUAAAAUGCUCCAGUUUAUCACCUACUUUAAAUAUAAUUCAUAAGAGUUCAUCCUUAAAUGAUUGUAAGCUUCAAUUACGAGCAUAUCUUAAUAAACUCGAACUUGGUGGAUGGGUCAGUCAUUCAGAUGGAUAUCAAAAUAUUAUAACUGCAGUGGCCAAAGAUCUUUGCAAUAAAGGAAAGUAUCGAAUUCUUCGAAAUAUAGAAUUACAGACAUUACGUACAACUAAACAAAGACUCGAGGAAAAGUGUAAAUAUUACCAAGAACAAGUAAAGUAUUAUAAUGAAUAUAUACAACGUUGUUUGGAAAAUUUACAUACCGGCAAAGGGUCUUUACGAGCAUUUAAAGCCAUUCAAAAAAAUAAUCAUGUUAAGUUGAGAUCUAAAAUGACGUUAAAAUAUUCUGCGGCCAAACUACAAGAAAAGGGAGUAUUGUUAGAAGUUGAUGGACUUCCACAAUCACAAUUUAAAAAUGUGAUUUUUGAAAUCAGUCCAACAGAACAUACCGGUCUUUUUAGUGUACGUUGCAAAUUUAUGGGAGUAGAAAUGGAGAAAGUUGAUAUUGAUAUACAAAAGUUACUUGAGUUACAAUUUGAAGGUGCACCAAUUAUGGAUAUGUUUGGUAAAGCAAAAGUUAACGUAAAUUUAUUAUUGUAUUUAUUGAAUCGAAAAUUUUAUGGUAAAACUUGA